AGCAGGCAAAGUGGAGUUUUCAGCGACCGUCACCGAGCUGCGAGAGACUGCGUUAUUUAAUUACAUUCACCACGGCGAACACGCACGGAUAAAUAAAAAAAUGCGCAAGAAUUCAGCGCGGAGUUGAAUUUCGAGGAGUUUUUCGGAGGCGAGCGGCGGCAGAGAGACAGAGAGAGGAAAACAAAUUAAUUCAGUGGGAAUGCUGGGAAUUAAAUAGAGACUUAGGCUUUCUGUGUGGCUACAAGUGUGUGUGGCUCUGCAAGCCAUCCCGAGAGCAGACGGAAAACUUGAUACCCACUCACAACUGACUUCAGCGUUCACGUCUGGAGUGGUAAUGUCUUGAAUUGGUGGCCUCUCCAGCCCAGUAAAGGACGUGCCAGUGCCGGGCUGCUGCUAAUGGGAACUCCUGCGCCGCCAUGAGUGCUCGUGAUGGCGUUGGUGGCAUGGGCACCCUGGGCCGGCGGCAGCGCUAUGAGAAUUCAGAGUUCACUGUGCGCAUCUACCCAGGCGCCCUGGCCGAGGGCACCAUCUACUGCCCGAUCAGUGCCCGCAAGACCACCACAGCUGCCGAGGCCAUCGAACGCGUCAUUGAACGCCUGCAGCUGGACCGCACCAAGUGUUAUGUUUUGGCUGAGGUGAAGGAGUUCGGUGGGGAAGAAUGGAUUCUGAACCCUUCCGACUGUCCCGUGCAGAGGAUGAUGCUCUGGCCCCGCGUGGCAUUAGAGCACCGCCCACUGUCUGGCGGCGAGGAUUACCGCUUCCUCUUGAGGCAGAAGAACCUGGAUGGCUCAAUUCACUAUGGCGGCAGCCUCCAGAUGUGGCUGCAGGUCACAGAGGAGCGUAGGCGCAUGGUGGAACGUGGACUACUGCCACAGCCUGAUUCUCAGGGUGACCACGCAGAUCUGUGCCGCCUGCCGGAGCUCAACGAGCGCUCGCUGCUGGACAACCUGCGCUCGCGCUUCCGCCAGGAAAAGAUCUACACUUACGUUGGAAGCAUCCUCAUUGUCAUCAACCCCUUCAAGUUCCUGCCCAUCUACAACCCCAAGUAUGUGAAGAUGUAUGAUAAUCAUACACUGGGAGAUCUGGAGCCACAUAUUUACGCCGUGGCGGACGUGGCGUACCACGCAAUGCUGCAGAGAGAGAGGAAUCAGUGUAUUGUUAUAUCUGGGGAGAGUGGCUCUGGGAAGACGCAAAGCACAAACUUUCUCAUCCAUCAUCUGACCGCUCUCAGCCAGAAGGGUUUCGCCAGCGGAGUGGAGCAGAUAAUCCUCGGGGCCGGACCAGUACUGGAGGCAUUUGGGAACGCCAAGACAGCCCACAAUAACAACUCAAGUCGCUUUGGCAAGUUCAUUCAGGUGAACUAUCAGGAGAGCGGCACUGUGAGGGGAGCAUAUGUGGAGAAAUACCUGCUGGAGAAGUCGAGGCUGGUCUAUCAGGAGCACAAUGAGCGAAACUACCAUGUGUUUUACUACCUGCUGGCAGGAACAAGUGAAGAAGAGAGGAAAGCCUUUCACCUCAUGAAGCCUGAAGAAUAUCAUUACCUCAGUCAGAUGACAAAGUCAACCCACCAACUGCACUGGGACAGUUACUGUGACAGUGAACCGGACUGCUUCACAGUGGAAGGAGAAGACCUGAAGCAUGACUUUGAGAGGCUUCAGCUGGCCAUGGAGAUGGUGGGCUUUCUUCCUUCCACACGCAAACAGAUCUUCAGCCUGCUGUCGGCCAUCCUUCACCUCGGCAACAUCCGCUACAAGAGGAAAACCUACAGGGACGACUCGAUUGACAUCUGUAACCCAGAGGUGCUGCCUGUCGUCUCAGAACUGCUGGAGGUCAAAGAAGAGAUGCUGUUUGAAGCUCUGACAACGCGGAAGACAGUUACUGUCGGAGAGAAGCUGAUCGUUCCUUACAGACUCGCCGAGGCUGGUACGGUGCGAGACUCCAUGGCGAAGUCCUUGUACAGCGCUCUGUUUGACUGGAUUGUCUUCAGGAUCAACCACGCUCUGCUCAACAUCAAGGACCUGGAGGAGACCACCAAGAUCCUGUCCAUCGGAGUGCUCGACAUUUUCGGGUUUGAAGAUUACGAGAACAACAGCUUCGAACAGUUCUGCAUCAACUUUGCCAACGAACGUCUCCAGCAUUACUUCAACCAGCACAUCUUCAAACUGGAGCAGGAGGAGUACAGGGCAGAGGGCAUCAGCUGGCAUAACAUCGACUACAUUGACAACACAGGCUGCAUCAACCUGAUCAGCAAGAAGCCCACAGCGCUGUUCCACUUACUGGAUGAAGAGUGCAAUUUCCCUCAAGCCACCAACCAGACUUUGUUGGAUAAGUUCAAGCGGCAGCAUGAGGGGAACAGCUACAUCGAGUUCCCUGCUGUCAUGGAGCCCGCCUUCAUCAUCCGACACUACGCCGGCAAGGUCAAGUACGGGGUCAAGGAUUUCAGGGAGAAGAACACAGACCACAUGCGACCGGACAUCGUGGCUUUAUUGAAGAGCAGCAAGAACGCCUUCAUCUGCGGGCUGAUGGGUAUCGACCCGUCGGCCACUUUCCGCUGGGCGGUUCUCCGAGCCUACUUCAGGGCCCUGGUGGCUUUCAGAGAGGCUGGGAAGAGACACACGCAGAAAAAGACCGGGCAUGAUGACGCUGCUCCCUGUGCAGUUUUGAAAAGUGUGGAUAGUUUUAGCUUUCUGCAGCACCCUGUGCAUCAGAGAAGCUUAGAGAUCCUGCAGAGAUGCAAAGAGGAGAAGUACAGUGUGACCAGGAAGAGUCCACGCACACCGCUGUCAGACCUUCAGGGAAGCAACACCAUCAACGAGAAGUCACCACGGAGUUCCCCGGGCCUCGGCUGGAAUGGGCGUGUGGGUCGUCUGAGACGUUUGUCCUCCGGAAGCUCCACCACAGAAGAAGAUGGCAUCUUUGUCAACUCGGCCAGCAGCAAACUCCUUGAGCGAGCCCACGACAUCCUCAUGAGGAACAAAAACUACAAAUCAAAGCCGGUUCUUCCGAAGCAUUUACUGAACGUCAAGUCACUGAAGUACCUCAGCAACCUGACGCUUCACGACCGCAUCACCAAGUCCCUGCUUCACCUCCACAAGAAGAAGAAACCACCCAGCAUCAGCGCGCAGUUCCAGGCCUCUCUCAAUAAGCUAAUGGAGACUCUAGGUCAGUCUGAGCCUUAUUUUGUCAAGUGCAUCCGUUCCAAUGCUGAGAAGCUGCCCUUACGCUUUAAUGAUAAUCUGGUGCUGAGGCAGCUGCGUUACACUGGUAUGCUGGAGACUGUGCGCAUCCGACAGUCGGGCUACAAUGUCAAGUACACUUUCAAGGAUUUUGUCCAUCACUUCAGCGUGCUGCUCCCAGAGGGAACCAGUGCCGCCAGAGAGAGCAUCCAGCAGAGUCUGGACCAGUUAGACCUGGAACCAGAGGGGUACCAAGUGGGAAAGACGAUGGUGUUUCUGCGGGAGGCUGGGCGUCAGCGGCUGCAGGCUAUACUCCACGCUGAAGUUCUCAGACGCAUCGUCACGCUGCAGCGGCGAUUCAGAGCACGGCUGGAGAGGAAGCAGUUUGUCAAGAUGAGAGAAGCAGCGAUCUGCAUCCAGAAAUGGUGGCGCUUGUUGCGGUCCAUAGAAGAGGAGGAGGAUUAUGACCCUAAAGUCCAGGAGGGGGCAGCCCUGUGUCUGCAGACACACUGGCGAGGUUACCGAGAGCGUCAGAGGUUCAGGCUGUGGAGGGAAGCUGCGCUGGUGCUUCAGAGGGCGUGGAGGUCAUGGCUGCACCGGCGGUGCACAGCAGCUCUGGUCAUUCAGACGGCUUGGCGCUGUCAUCAAGCCAGAGAGGCCUACUUGCGUCUGUAUGCUGCUGUGGUACAACUGCAGGCAAUUAGCAGAGGCUUCCUCGCCAGGCAGAGCUUCAAGAAACUGAAGGAGCAGAGUCUGAGGGAGAAGAAGGAGCAGCAGGAGAAGCUGCUUAAGCUACAGAAUGGCCAAGUGAUUCUCCUGCCAGAAGAAGAGGAGACGCCGCCUGAGAGGAUCAUGGGGUUGGACCUCAGCACGUGGGAGGAUCGUUCCUACGAGCAGCGAGAGAGGAGUCUCCAAAUCCUCAGCAGCCAUGAAGACCCAGUGAAGGAGGAAGGAGAAGCUAGAGAACAUGCCAGGACAAGAGACAGUCCGUCUAAAGUGCAAACUGAAGCAGUGGACUCGAUCCAGACGUCCGCUGUGGUGGUGCGAGAGAGGUCCAGAACUGUAGAUGAGCCCAGCCAGAAAACCACUCGGGCCAAGAGGGAGAGCCGGCGGAUGAGGGAGUUGGAGCAAGCAAAGUUCAGCCUGGAGCUCCUCAAGGUGCGAGCGACCGGCGGCGGAGCCUCGUCCCCGUCCGAGGAGCGACGCUGGUCUGUGGAGCUGGUGCCCCCUGUGACCCCGCCUCUUCGUUCUCCUCAGGGCACGCCCGACAGCCAGAGCUCCAAGGGGAGCUUUGAGCUCCUCAGCAUGGAUGACGAGCCACCCAAGGCCACAGAGGAGGUGACAGACAGUGAGGACCUCUGCUCCCCUACUCCUCCAGUAGCUCCUGAGCCUGAUGUGGUCGUUUCAAUGAGCCCGGAGCCAGCUGAACAAAACAGGACAGUUUCUGAUGCUGUUGUCCACCCAGGAAGCCAGAGCAAAAUAGAUCUGGCAGCCCCCACACAUCCGCCCAAAAUCGAGAACUACCUCCCUACCUUUUACGUCCCAGCUAGUGAGGGCAGCGCAGUCGUCCCUCGUCGUCCCGCUGAAGAGGCCAAACAAGACACAGAGGCAGCCGUCUCUACAGCCACCACCACUGUUAGCAAGCCUCUCAAAGAAAGGCGGGAGUCAUCGCGUCGACCUGUCGUGGUGGUCAUCAGUAUGCAGAAAGAAACACCGCUAAGCCAAGAGCUGGGUGAUAUUGUCCGUCCCCCUGUAGAAGUUAGAGAUAGUGCAGCCCAGACAGGGGAGAAAGAAGACCCAGCUCCUGUACCUCAAGAUCCCGUCCCUGUUUCUACCUCUGCCCCUCAGGCUGACCAGGCCGUCAUCGAGAAGCUGGUGCGACUGAACGAGGAGAAAGAGGUGAGGCAGCGCAACCAACAGCAGCAGAACGAGAAGGAGAUGAUGGAGCAGAUCAGACAACAGAAAGAAGUUCUUGAGCGCCAGCGCCUUUUCUUCGCUCAGUACGAGAGAGACAUGUUUGAGAAACAUCGAGGAGAAGCUCUGAGCAGGAUACAGCAGAGUCGACAGGGCGGGCAGGAUGUUGGUGGAGCUGUGAGCUCUGUAAAGCCCGUCAGACCCAGUUCUCUGCUGAUAGAGAGGACAGCAGGUUUAGCUCCUCAUGUCAGGACACAGUCGGACUCCACUGUCCCAUCAGUGCGCUCUCCCCCAAGCGUAGAACCGCGGGUCAGUGCUCCUCACCCCCAGCUGCCUCCUCCACCUGCUUCUGCUCCCAGAGAGAGACGUAAGGAGAGCAGACCCGUCGCUGAGGGCUGGGCGCCCAAACUCACUCUGGAGUCUAAAGAUGGAGGAACCAGAGCGAGAACAGCCGCCAAGAAGCCACCAAGUCAUCAGGGCACCGCAGUUAAUAUGACGGAUAAAGCGGGCAACAUCUUCUUCUCUCCAAAGGACAAAGUGACAUUUACAAAGUUUGACAGUGAUGCUGUCGCUAAAGAAACACCUGCAGCCGUUCCCAGAGAAGGACCGCCAUCAGUCUCCAAGCCCUCUAAAGGAACAAAAGCGCGGGAGGUCGGCAGAGCGGGCCAAAAAAAGAAAGCCAGAAUGGCACGGACCCGCUCCGACUUCCUCACCCGCGCCCCCAUCCUCUCAGUUGGGGGCGACUCAGACGAGGAUGACAUUGAUGGCGACAGCCCCGUCAGCCCCGUCAGCCCCCGUCAUUACACUCUACCCCUCUCCAAACAGAGCUCCACGGAGGCGGGCUUAAGAGAGUCCUGUUUCAGUGACUCAGACAUGCCUGCAAGCACUGAGGAGCAAAAGAAGAUACACAAAGCUAUGUCGUCUGGAGAUUUGGUCAAAGUGGACUCACUACGCAAGAACUCGCAAGAUGGAAGGGUUCGUAAGAUGCGUUUCUGGGGCAAGACAAAGUACGGGGAUAAGAAGACAUCCAGAGAAAAGCUGAUCUGUGGGGGUGACUCUCUGGAUGGAGACUAUGGAGACACUGGGCCAUUGCUAGGAGACGCAGGUCAGGAGAACAUGUCGCCCCCCUGCAGUCCCGACCUGACGCUGGAUCGAGGCUUCAGAGACCUGAAGGAGAACAAGGAGCCAUCUCCGAAGGUGAAGCGAAGGCGCAGCGUUAAGAUCAGCAGCGUGGCUCUAGAACCUGCUCAGUGGCAAAACGACGCGCUGCAGAUCCUCACCUGCACCAACGACUACCGGAGCAUGAACGACUUCCUCAUGAAGAAGAUCAACGACUUGGACACAGAGGACAGUAAGAAGGACACCAUGGUGGACGUCGUGUUCAAAAAGGCUCUGAAGGAAUUCCGUCUAAACAUCUUCAACUCUUACUCCACAGCUCUUGCAAUGGACGAUGGUAAAAGUAUCCGCUACAAAGACCUCUACGCUCUGUUUGAACACAUUUUGGAGAAGACCAUGCGACAGGAGCAGAGGGACUGGAGAGAGUCUCCUGUCACAGUGUGGGUCAACACCUUUAAAGUUUUCCUGGAUGAGUUCAUGACGGAGUACAAACCUCUGGACAGCACGCUCAGCAAGCAAGUAGCUAAACCUGAACGCAAAAAACGGAGGAAAAAGGACACUGACAUUGUGGAGGAGCAUAACGGCCACAUCUUCAAAUCCACCCAGUACAGCAUCCCCACGUACUGUGAAUACUGCUCCUCGCUCAUCUGGAUGAUGGACCGUGCCUGUGUGUGCAAAUUGUGCCGCUACGCCUGCCACAGAAAGUGCUGCCAGAGGACGACCACCAAAUGCAGCAAGAAGUUUGAUCCAGAACUUUCCUCCAGACAGUUUGGAGUGGAGGUUUCUCGUCUGACUAAUGACGAGAGGACAGUGCCCCUGGUCGUGGAGAAGCUGAUCAACUACAUCGAGAUGCACGGCCUCUACACUGAAGGAAUAUACCGUAAAUCUGGCUCCACUAACAAAAUUAAGGAACUCAAGCAGGGACUCGACACAGAUGUUGAGAGCAUGAAUCUGGACGACUACAACAUCCAUGUAAUCGCGAGUGUUUUCAAGCAGUGGCUGAGAGACCUGCCGAACCCUCUGCUGACAUUUGAGCUCUAUGAGGAGUUUAUACGUGCCAUGGGUUUGCAGGAUAAAAAGGAAACGAUCAGAGGAGUGUAUUCAGUUAUCGACCAGCUGAGCAGAACUCACCUGAACACUUUGGAGCGCCUCAUAUUUCAUCUUGUCAGGAUCGCUUUGCAAGAGGAGACAAACCGUAUGUCAGCGAACGCCUUGGCUAUAGUUUUUGCUCCCUGUAUCCUGCGCUGUCCUGACACCAUCGAUCCACUGCAGAGCGUCCAGGACAUCGGCAAGACGACCGCGUGUGUAGAACUUAUCAUAUGUGAACAGAUGAAUAAGUACAAGGUUCGCCUAAAGGACAUCAGCAGCCUGGAGUUUGCUGAGAAUAAGGCCAAGUGCAGACUGACCCUCAUUCGACGCUCGAUGAAACCCGUACUAAUAGCUGUUAGGUUUAUGACCAUAGCGCGCACUAUGAAGACAAAUGCAGCUAAAAAGGGAAAAGGCCAUGUACAGCGACCAACCUACUACACGCCCUCUCCUCCGGUUAGCCCGCGGCUGCCAUCGGUGGCAGACCCCGUUAUAGAGGAGAGCGGUGGUGAAGAGGGAGAGGAUUCGUUUUCCGAAAUCUCAGAGCAUCAGCAGGCAGCUAUGCAGCAAGAAGAGAGAGUGCUGACAGAGCAAAUUGAGAGCCUGCAGAAAGAGAAGGAGGAGUUGACUUUUGAGAUGCUGGCUCUGGAGCCACGGGCGUCAGAUGAUGAGACCCUGGAGUCAGAGGCCUCUAUCGGUACAGCAGACAGCUCUGAAAACCUCAAUGUGGACUCUGAAGGAACCAUUUCUGAUUUCUCUGAGAGAGGUCCGGGGUUGACUUCCCCCUGGCCUCGGAGAUCUGACAUGACUAGCCCCCGACGCCGCGCUCUACGCCGUCAGCCUGACUCCCUGGACUCUGUGGACUCUUGCUCCAGUGUUUCUUCCUACUCCUCCUCAUCACACUUCCAUCCUUCAUCCUCCUCCUCCUCUACCACCACUAGGCGCUUUCGUUUCCACUCCAAGUCUCCCACAUCAGGCUCAGGUCCAGCCCAGGCUCAGGCUCUGAAUGCAUCUAAAGCCUCACGCUCCGACAGCAUAGCCAGUAGCCUUACAGGAGAUCAGGAAGGUGCAUAUGAUGAAAGGCCCCAGUUUACCAGCCGAGGCACCUUCAAUCCAGAGAAGGGCAAACAGAAACUUAAGGGGGCCAAGCAUUCAACCCUGAGGCACCCCAGAGACGGUAGUGGCAACGGCAGGGACCCUCCAGACAUACCACAGCAGCUGGUAUUGUAUGGCAGUAAUGAAUUCAUGGUAUGAAGGACAGUGGGACACCAAAGCACUCCCUAUCCAACUCCCUGGCAGGUGUAGACGUUCUCAAUGGGAGAUAGCGACUGAUCUCCACUCCUCAAAGCACUUCUUGCUUCUUCUCUCGCCUUUCUUUGUUGAAGUCUGCAAAGAAGAGUCCCCAAGUGCCGUGUACAGUGUUUCCAACCUCCAAAGGGCGGAGAAGUUUGCCAGAGGGACAAGAAUCAGUGGAAGGACUCCUCUAAAACUGCCACCAUGCUCUCACAGUGCCUCGGCAGCUCUUUACCCGUCGUCAUGAGGAGCCGCACUGAGCAGGAGGACAGAGAAAAGGGAAUGUUGGAAUAUGCGGAAGACCACUCAGCAUCAGGGAAUGUUACAGAGCUGGAAAGCAGUGUACUACAGUGAAUAAGAAGAAAUCAGGCAACGUCAGGCGUCACGGAUGUUACAGUGAACUUAAAGCUCACCAUUAUUAGCUGCUUUAUGAGUUUACAGUUCAUAACAAUCAGUGUAAGCAGUGGUUGCUCUGUUACUACAAAUUUAUUUUUCCCUUAUUUAAUAAAUUUUAAUGUCACAGAAAUUCUUUAUAGCAUAUAAUAUACAGGUAUAAAUACUGUACAAAGCCGGAACACCAGCCUCUGCUGGGUAGCUGAAGUCAAAUAUUUAUCUUUUUUUUGAGUAUCUUGGACAGAGAUGUACGGAUUUGGGCAGUGGAUGAUUUAUGUGUGUAUGUGCAUGUGCCGAGCGCUCAUGCGUGACUGUGUGUGUGAGAAAGAGAAAAACCACUCCAUGUGUUUUUAAGUUUGUGCUGCUUCUUUUUCCCCCUUACAAGGGAAAUACCGCCAUCAAAGGGACCAAGUGAGCUGGUGUGUAUUCCAGCCAAAGGGGAUCCCAGCUCUGUAAAGAAUGUCAGAUAUGUAAAAAUCUCUGCAUUCACUGCUUAACAGCCAUACAACAAUUGUAAUGUACAGUACAGUUCAUAUGUACAGUAUAGUGGACAAAUGCCAUUCUAUUCUUGAGACCCAUCGUUACCCCCCCGACUCCCAAACCCAUCCCCACCUCCUGUCUCUAAAGUGUUUGCUCAAUAGCAACCAAGAAAGAACAUAAAAUCA